UAAAACACAAAAAUAAACCAAAAAAAAAGUGUCGGUCGUGGAACAUUUCAGGGACAAAGGAACAGAAAGUGAUUUUAUUUAAGGGAAAGAAAAUACUUGCAAUAGAGAACCUCCACGUGACGUCCAGGGAAGAGGUAGAGGAAGACCCAAGAGGCACCGGGGCGACUCUUGAGGGGCGAGAGGAACACCUGAGGAGAAUACAGCGUCAGGGCGUGUUGCCUCCCAAGAGACCUAUGUGCAGCCUCGGCCUUGGCCACCGUCGUGCCGUGCCCCAGGAGCCACGCAUGUAAAGCCUUGACCCGGUGGGCGAGGCGCUGGACCCCACGGAAGACGCAUGUGAAGUCCGAGCAGGUUGGAGUGAGCAGGUGGCAGCGGUCUUGUGGUGUCUGCCGUCUAGCCUCGUAAUGGUGCCGUGAUGGUUAGCGGCAGGUGGUGCGCGACCUCGCCUGCCCCCUGCUGCCGCUGCCUCCUGCACCCCGCCGCCCCUCCCGACCACUGACGAUGCGAUCGACUCCGCGGACGGGUGGGGGCGGCGGCGUCUUGGCCUUGUCCAUUAGCAGAAGUUCCUCUGGCUCCAAGUGACUAGGACUGGGGACGUCUCGACGUGGGGGGCGCGACCCCCUUACCGCCGGGGGCCGCGCCUCUGGCCGCUAUGUGCGGGGGUGUCUCCGCGUGGUGCAGGUGAGCGCGCGUUACCUCAUCUCAGCCAGCCGCGCUCCCACCACCAUCAUGAGGUCCAGAAAGAAGGAAGGAACUACCAAGCCUUCCCGCAAGCUAGAUAAGCGGUCUAGCCGGGGUGUUAUGUUCGAAAAUGAGGAGCUGCGCAUGCGUACGAUCGAAAUAAACGCCGAGGUGGAUCGCGGGCAGUCUGACUUGCGGAAGCUGAAGAGGGAGAAUGAAACACUGAAGCAGCAAGUGUGGACUCUACGCGACGAGUACGACAAGCUGGAAAAUUUUGUAAAAAAGAUGGAUGAAGAUAGUGACGACGACGGUGACGACGACGAUGACGACGACGACGACGACGAAUUGGAUAAGCGCUUCUGCAGUUCCAAAAUCGAUGAAGAAGAAGAGGAGGAAGAAGGUAAUGUAGAAACAGACAACCUAGAAAAUUUACAGAAAGUGUACAGUGGGAAAAUGCGAAGUGUAGAAUAUAUGCGGCAGGCGGCCUCCUUGGACAGCAGCGGGGCGACUGCGAGCUGCAGUCAGGCUCAGUGUUCCAGCAGCAGUGCGGGAGGCGCCUGUGCCGGGCCGGUGGACGAUCUGGCCGAGCCGGGCCCAGUGAGGGUGUGCGUGUCGGGCGACAACCCGGCGUACGUAGGUGUGGGGGACGAGAACUCUGCGCCGCAGGGAGAGCCUCUGCAGCCCAUGAGUAGUGAAACUUUUUUAUCUCAAACUGAUCAUUUCAAUUUAGAUCAACUUCUUGAUUUUGCGUCUUCAUUCCAUUACGACAGAAAACGGCACCUGGCGGAGGAGCCGCUAGCCAUGGCCCUUCCCCCGGAGGAGAGACAGGUUUCUCCUCCAAGGGAGGCGACGGGCCCCGACCCUGGGUACUCCACCAUGAGACGUCGCUCUGCCACUGUCAUAGAAAAACUUAAGACCGGCACUAACUCUGGUGCGCUAGUGAAGGAAGUGAAACAGUUAUCGCUCUGUAAUGAUGACGCAACGACUUCCGCGUCCGUGCCAAUCAGUGAAGCUCCCGAGUCGACACGCACGACGACUGUCAACUAUACUCACUCCUCCUACUACUUCUCCGGCCCGCUGGACGGUAGCCGCAGUCAGUCCCUUGGUACCGGCCUCAACUCGGCCGCUAACAUUACCCGCACCUCCAGCAGCCCCGCGGGCCCACUCUUCGCCUCCAGUAGUGCUUCCAACAUCGGGACCUCCUCCUCGCUGGAGGCGGGGUUGCCCUUCGUCUCCGUCUACAACCCUCGCAUGUCCCUGGUGCGCCUAAACAGCAUUGAGCCAAACACCAUCAUGGUCUCAGUGGCUGAUAUGCCUCAGCUGUGGGACAUCACGACUCAGGAGAUCAUUGAUGAGCUGGAGCAGCAGGCUGAGGCAACACUUAUGUCCAUCCGCGGCGUGAGGGUAGUUGGUCGCGCUGCCUACAUCAGCCUGGGUCGGCACGACGCCUUGCAGCAGCUGCUGACUCACGGCCUCACGGUGCGGGGCGGGAAGGUGCCCCUCAUCGACAUCACUCGGGAGUCCAUCGUCCUGGCCCUCACCGGCGUCCCUCACUACAUCGCUGACGCCACUCUUGUUAUUCUUCUUUCAGCUUUUGGCGUGAUUAUUGGUGAACUGGAGCGUCGGUUUUACAAGGGAGUGGACACAGGAGAACGUUUUGUGCGGAUGAAGCUGAAGAAGCACGUCAAACUGCCCAAAUAUGUGACUGUGGGAGGAUGUCGCAUAGUGCUCACGGUUCACGGCCGCGAUGCCCCCGCACAGCUACACCAGCCAGAAUGGGGCAGCAAACUGUCCAGCACUCCGGCCCCAGUACCCACCUCCCACGCCAGCCACACACCCCACACAUCCGAGGCACCUCACACCGACCUCACCACUCCGAUCUCCCCGGACUCCGGCCAGUGCUCGGAGCCAUCUUCCAGUGAUAAGUCUUGCGAGCGUGUGGAGGGUCGGGACGCGACAGUGGUAAAAACUGAGGGAAACUCACAGACAGACAGUCGUCUUACCACUAAAGCAUCAUCAAAAACUUUCUCAAGUAGGUGUAUAGUGAAUCUUAAGUUGCCGGAGAGACCAGCUCCCACUAACCCCAUCCCGAGACCGCGAGAGGGUUCCGCCCCUCGAGACGUAGGUCCGGGCCCCGGUGGAGGCGGCCUCGCCGUCAGCACAGGGACCCCGGCCACUCCUCUAGCGGCAGGUCACUUGCUGCGAGCUGGGUCCUUAUUCCGAACUAGCGGCCCCCCCUCCCAGGCGAGCACUGGAAGCAACUCCCCCGCCGGCAGCAGAAGACACUCCCGUCUAGGCCUGAUAGAUCCUCGGGCGACGGAGUCUCCGCGGCCUCGGCCCAAUUCCGUAGUGUUCGAUGAGCAACCCCGCGAGGCUCCACCUGCUCCUCGGGCACUACUGACGCCACAGUUCCCCCAACACCACGGGCACGGGCCUCCCGUCUCCAUAGGCCCCCUACCCUUGGCUAACGGCAUCCUGCGGAAAGCGUCCGGGUCUGAACAGGAAGCUCUUCUACCGACGAGUCAUAAAUGUACAGCUUCCAUAAGGAACAGGCUGAAAAUAGGUCGUAGUAUGUCUUAUGACGCAGGGAAGCAGAAACUUGCGGCAGAGAAAGAGAAGAAAAAGUUAAGUAAGAUGGAGAGCAUCAGUGAGAACACUAUCAAUGAUGACGUGAGUGACAUCACGCCCCUGGGCGCCGGUGCCGGUGCUCGCAGAGACUCCGAGAAGAGCUCGGUCAGUGCCAACAGUAAAAGUAGUACCAACACCAACAAAAAGAAGGAGCCGGCCAUAGACCUGCCGUGGUGUGGUUGUUGGGGCAACGGUUGUUUUUAGCGUGUAGAUCACUCACUGGUACCAGUUCCAUCCUUUGUAUUUAUCGUUAUUUUUUUCUAGUCGAUAAUUCUUGUCCCAGACGUUACCUAGUCUUCAUCCAGUAGUGACUUAGUGUUGGACUGCGAUCAGAAACACACGUCUCGGAUGACUCGUUGUAUAUAUCAUGUUACUUGAAUCAUGGCCACAUUACCCAUAUUAUUUUCCACUGUCAAUCGAAAGGUAGCAACCACUCAUAACGGUGACCCACGCUCAUCAAUUAUGAUACCAUAACCAUCUUGUACACACGUAACUAUGUCAUGGUUAGCCUGUCCUCCCGGCCACCAGCAGCCAGGCGGUGCCGUGGGCAAACAUUCGCCCACCGUGAGCCGGAGUCCCCACAGCGCUCCUUCAGGGCCAGACACGCCAUCCGCCACACUGACGAAAUUUCUUCUAUGCCAACCAGGAGUCGUUAUUGUGAACUGUAAUUCAUUAUUCAGUUUCUAAAAUAGUAAUGAUGUAUUGUAUUAGUACAAAUCAGUGGCUGAGCAUUCUCUGUGGGUCAGCAGAAUGAUUGGUUGCGUCCACCAUUGUAUUUCUGUGAGCAUAUCAGGAGCAAGGCUUCGCCCCUGCACCGGCACCAUCUCGGCAAUCUUGUUCUGUUCCUUCAGUACAAAAAUCCUCCUCUGUUCCAUGCCACAAUUGUACGGUUCGAUUUAUUUUCACGCUUCUUGGAAUGUGACCUGAAGAGUUAUCGGUGAACCUCGCCCAUUGGUUCAUGGUGGUUCAUAUUUCGUACGGCGUUACAAGAGAAGAGACUAAGCUUCAUGUGGAUGCAGUGUAGGGCUCUAGGCCAGAAUUUGAAAGUAUUUUUGUGGGUAACUAAGCACUCGCCCAUGUGUAUUAAGGCCGUAUUCCCCCGAACACCACUCGUCGAGCAGCGCCCGCCCACCCGCUCGCCCCACCCGCCCUCGCCCCUCCCGCGGCUGCCCCGGACUGAAGCCGUUAUUGCUUGUUGUUUGUUGUUACCGUAAAAAGUAUAUCCCAAUUUAUAUUCUUCGGACAUCACCCACCAACCCGCAUAGUCACCAGUGGGGCCGAGGGAGCGGGGCGGGGCGGGGCGGGCUGGGGGCGGGCCGGCGUGCUGCGGGGCAAUACAAUACUCCAGUGGUCUCCAGCUGGUCGCGCGGCCCCUGCCCGCUCCUGCGUUGGGCCGCCGCCGGUGUUUAGACACUGAGUAUAUUAUUAGCCUUAGAGAAUACCGAGAUAUUUUAUACACUUACUGCUUGGUCCCAUUACUAGUGUUCCCUUGACGCGGCCAGACCUCCUUAUAUCUUGUGUUGAUCACUUACAGCUAGUUGGUUACCUGGUCAGGUGCUCAAGGGAAGUCUAUCUUAUAUCCUACCUUGAAAUUCAUUGAAGUCAGCGAGGUUUUUAACACCGAUCGCCCGCCGUGGAGACCGGCCUUCCCGCCGCCUGGGGUUGUUGUUAUUGUUGUUGGAGACUAAAGACGCCAGCUUGUUGGGGUCACCCGCCACUCCUGGAAGGGAUCUCAGUGUAAAAGUUCAUUUAUAAUGCUAACAUUGAUAGGGGUGUGCAGGAGGGGUGCUUGAGGGGUGUAUCCUCGGGCUGUUCGUCGGAGGCGUCUUUAGUUGUGUUGUUUUGAGGGCGGGGUGAGGGCGCCGCGGGGGCCGGGAGGUGUCGUGCGGCGGCCCGGCCCCGCCGCCCCCGCUCCGCGGCCCGGGCAGCUGCCGGCACCCACCCUCGCCCGCCACGGCUCAACCAGGUACAAGAAACUGCAUUCAUUUUCAUACGGGAAAGGUAUUCAAAUUCUGAGAGCAAGCCUUACAAGACGUGCUGCUAGCGCUUCUGCUUGUAAUUUUGAUAUUUUGUAAAAGUUGUUAUGAUCAAUGUUGUUGUUUAUAUAGUUAUUUUCCUAGAAAAUUGUAAAUCCCCUUGGCUACCACACGAAAUUCGUCAGGUUGUUUGGAAAAGUGACCACAAUCAUAUUUUCUUCACAUUGAAACAUAUUGAUUGCAGAGGAUAUAAUAUAUAAUGGUGCUUUUGGUAGUCUAAGAUUUUUUUCAAGAGUUAUGGGCGGGAAGUUUAUUAAUAGAGCAAUGUGGAAGGUUACGUUAUGUUUGUAACGAAAAGAAAAUUUAAUUUUGUUCAGAUUCCAAAUAAAUAUUGAACAGG